AUGGCAUCCAGCCAGAGCUCAAACCUGGUGGUCCACGAGCAGUGUCAUGCUAGGGAGAAACACUUCAAGUGCUUGGAAUGUGGGAAGAGCUUCAGCCAGAGCACCACCCUGAUCCACCACCGGUUGAUCCACACUGAGGAACGGCCCUAUGUGUGUGGGGAAUGUGGGAAGAGCUUCAGCACAAGCUCCAACCUGAUCCGCCACCGCCAGGUCCACACCGGGGAACGGCCCUAUGUGUGUGGGGAAUGUGGGAAGAGCUUCAGCCAGAGCACCACCCUGAUCCGCCACCGCCAGGUCCACACAGGGGAACGGCCCUAUGUGUGUGGGGAAUGUGGGAAGAGCUUCAGCCGCCGCUCCCACCUGAUUUGCCACCAGAUGAUCCACACAGGGGAACGGCCCUACGAGUGUGGGGAGUGUGGGAAGAGGUUUCAGACCAGCUCCAGUCUCCUCCAGCACCAGCGGAUUCACACAGAUGAGAGGCCCUUCCGCUGCCCCGACUGCGGGAAGUGCUUCAGGUACAACUUUGACCUCACCAGGCACAAACGCAUCCACACCGGGGAGAGGCCCUACGAGUGUCCUGAGUGUGGGAAGAGCUUCUCCAGGAGCUCUCACUUGACCAGACACCAACAGAUCCAUGUGGGGGAGAAACGCUUCAAGUGCUUGGAAUGUGGGAAGAGCUUCAGCAAGAGCACCACCCUGAUCCACCACCGGUUGAUCCACACUGGGGAACGGCCCUAUGUGUGUGGGGAAUGUGGGAAGAGCUUCAGCACAAGCUCCAACCUGAUCCGCCACCGCCAGGUCCACACCGGGGAACGGCCCUAUGUGUGUGGGGAAUGUGGGAAGAGCUUCAGCCAGAGCACCACCCUGAUCCGCCACCGCCAGGUCCACACCGGGGAACGGCCCUAUGUGUGUGGGGAAUGUGGGAAGAGCUUCAGCCGCCGCUCCCACCUGAUUUGCCACCAGAUGAUCCACACAGGGGAACGGCCCUACGAGUGUGGGGAGUGUGGGAAGAGGUUUCAGACCAGCUCCAGUCUCCUCCAGCACCAGCGGAUUCACACAGAUGAGAGGCCCUUCCGCUGCCCCGACUGCGGGAAGUGCUUCAGGUACAACUUUGACCUCACCAGGCACAAACGCAUCCACACCGGGGAGAGGCCCUACGAGUGUCCUGAGUGUGGGAAGAGCUUCUCCAGGAGCUCUCACUUGACCAGACACCAACAGUGCCACCAGUAAGGGAAGCCCUGCGAGUGCCCUGAGUGCAGGAAGAGCUCCAACUUCAUCUCGCAGCAGAGGAUCCAUGUGGGGUGAUGCACAGUGACCCC